AUGAUGAGCCAAACACCACUCCCUUAUAUGACUAUGAUGAGUACUACAGUAAAGGUGUUGAUCCGUCUGCAAUUGUCUGUAAUUAUGGAGUUCAUGCAUCCAACAUCCUGCCUGUGUUAUACUCUCUGUUCUUCGUGAUGGGUCUGCUGGGUAACCUGCUGGUGUUAUGGGUGAUGUUGAUGGGUGUAAAGCUGAGAAGCAUGACUGACAUCUGUCUCCUGAACAUGGCUUUAGCUGAUCUUCUGCUGGUCUCCUCUCUCCCGUUCCUGGCUCACUAUGCCAGAGAUCAGUGGGUCUUUGGAGGCCCCAUGUGCACCAUGGUUUUAGGCAUCUAUCCCGUUCAAUUCUACAGUGGGAUUUUCUUCAUUGUACUGAUGAGUGCUGACAGAUAUUUAGCUGUGGUUCAUGCUGUGUUUGCUUUGGAAGAUAGUACAAAGACUUAUGGGAUCUUAACCAGUGUGGUCAUCUGGAUCAUUGCUGUUGCAGCAUCGUUUCCUCAGCUUAUGUACCUGCAAACCUAUGAUAUCAAUAAUAAAACAUACUGUCAGUCUUAUCCAACAGAUGAUCAGAACUCUCACCUUUAUGGAAAGACUAUUAGUAUUUUUAGAAUGAAUGUUUUAGGAUUAAUCUUUCUACUGUGUGUAAUUGUAUUUUGUUUCGCAAUGAUUCUUCACAGACUCCCAAAAGUUCACUCUUUCAGGAAACAGGCCAUGAGACUUGUCAUUGUAGUGAUGGUUGUCUUCUUCUGCUGUUGGGCUCCAUAUAAUAUUGCAGCUUUUGUGAAAGCAUUGGAGCUAAAUAAAUUCAUAGAGCAAUCCUGUGAAAAAAGCAAAGCAAUCGCUCUUAGUCUUCUGAUCACAGAAGCUCUGGCUUACUCACACAGCUGCUUGAAUCCCAUUCUCUAUGUGUUUGUAGAAGAGAAAAUUAGGGGGCACCUUUUAAGACUCCUGAAAAAACCAUCAGCAUAUUACAAUUCAUGAAGAGAUACCUUACACAGGCUACAGGAUCUACAGUGGUGUGAAAGGAGAAAUAAGGCCAGAUUUACUAAAUGGGGCAAAUUAGCAUGAGAGCACAAUUCCCUCCCCCAAAAAAGCAUCAACGGGAGAGGUAAUAUCUGCAGGUAAUUUACUUAAAAGCUCAAAUUAUAUAACACAGAUGCAACCACUCAUUUCCAUAAUUACCCAAGCAAUGUACUACAGCUUUGGAAAUGAACAGAUAAGCAGACACUUUUAUUUUUUCAAGACCU